AUGGCCAACGUAGACCUCGGUCGCUACCGCAAGAUCGUACAGCUGUUCUGGGAUCCUGAGCCAUCAAAUGACCCAGUUCUCGACCAACCAGUAUGGUGCCUGGGUCAAUCAUACAAACUGCACAAAGGCCAGAAGCCACGGGUAAGUGGCCAGGAGCAUAAUAGCAACAGCCUGGGCGAAUAUGCGACCGCCACGGCGGUGACGACACCAGCUCAGAGCAAGGCAAUAGACGUGCCCCCAAGCAACGCGCCCGACACCCCACCACAAUCAACGGGCGGCAGCUUUUCGUCCACUGGUCGAAACGAAAGGGAUGAUGACAACGGCUGGCCGCAAAAAUUCGUCACAGACUUUGACUCCAGAUUCUGGAUGACAUACAGGAACGAGUUCAAGCUAAUACCCAGAUCAAUGGACCCCAAAGCCGCCUCAUCGAUGUCGCUGCCUAUGCGAAUCAGAUAUCAACUCGGAGACCAAGGAGGGUUUUCAUCCGACAGCGGAUGGGGUUGUAUGAUACGAUCAGGUCAGAGUCUACUAGCGAAUGCUAUUGGCAUGGUCCGACUGGGCCGAGAAUGGCGCCGGGGCCAGCGCAAGGAGGAGGAGAUCGAACUACUGCGGAUGUUUGCAGAUGACCCAGCAGCGCCGUACUCCAUCCACAACUUUGUUGAGUACGGCUCUUCCAGAUGUGGCAAAUACCCCGGAGAGUGGUUUGGACCCUCAGCCACGUCACAAUGCAUCAAGGCCUUGACCGACAAACACGAACCGGAUAUGAGAGUGUAUAUGACACAGGACAGUCCCGAUGUAUAUGAGGAUAGCUUCAUAGCCACGGCGAAAUCCGAUAACGGGAUAUUCAAACCGACCAUCAUCCUGAUCAGUACGCGGCUCGGUAUCGACAAAAUCACACAAGUUUACUGGGAAGCACUGAUCUCGGCACUGCAAAUGCCGCAAUCGAUCGGUAUUGCAGGGUAA